AUGAAGCGUCGAGCUGCUCCGUCACCAGCCCACCUCCACCCAGAUGAAGCCGAGACUUGCUACCGCUAUGAGCAUGACACAGGACCCCCUCGAGGCCUGGUGGCCACUGACAGCCCCAACUUCCUGUGUAGCGGCCUUCCUCAUCACUGGAGGUGCAACAAGACCUUACCUCGACCAUUCACGGUAGUUUCCUUGGGCAACGACGUCCCGGACGGCGUGCUGGUCAUGCUGAUGGCGGGAAAUGAUGAGAACAUUAGCGCUGAGCUACGCAAUGCCACCGCAACCAUGAGGCAGGGACACGCCCACUUCAAUGACCUUCGCUUCAUAGGUCGCAGUGGCAGAGGUAAGAGCUUCACACUGUCCAUCAACGUGUUGACCACACCUCCUCAGGUUGCCACACUGCACCGGGCAAUCAAGGUGACAGUGGAUGGCCCGCGCGUGCCCAGACGACAGCGUCAGAAAGAACUGGAGUCUGCACUUUACGGGCCCUCGAGCUGCGCUUUGGCUACUUCAGGUAAAACACACUGCAGAUCCUCAUCGUCAUUGCUGUGGUCCCGCGAAACAUCCCUGUUAGGUCAGAUGGCGGCCCUGACGUCUUCCUUCCCACCACCUCCCAGAAUGCGCCAUCAUGCCUUGGCUUUCCCCAGCCAACCUCCUGGUUACACCUCCUAUUUCAACUCAGCUCCCCCUCCUCCCCUCACCCAUGGUGGUCCCUUCUACUAUGGGCCCAACCAAGCCAUUCAGAGUGCCGGGGAGGAUGGCGGUGUGAUAGCAGCAUUAAGCACGUUCAUGGAAGGAGCAUGUUUUACCCUUAGAGGGGAGGAGCCUGUUUGGAGGCCUUACUGA